UGGAUUCCCCAAUUUCGUCAUUUCUGUGUCAGGGGUCCCUUCGCAGCUGGGAGCUAUGGUCUCUAUUUGCCCUUUUUACGGGGGAAGGGGGUGUGUCUACGUAUGUAAGUGUCUGAGGAUCUUUCCCGAGCUCCCUUCCCGGUUUCGCCUGGAGCCUAGAAGAAACACCUGAACAUGUGGAAUCCCAAUGCUGGGCAUCCAGGGCCAAGUCCAUAUCCCCCUCACAUCGGAGGUCCCAAUCCUGCCCAUCCACCCCCUGUCAAUCCUGCCUUUCCUCCAGGCCCCCCUCCCCCAGGACCUCUCCCCGGGAAUCCAGCUUUCCCCCCAUGUGGGCCUGCUCAUCCUGUGCCACCGCCAGGGUAUCCAGGAUGCCCACCUUCAGGUCCCUACCCCCCGCCAUGCCCACCGCCUGCCCCUGGCAUGCCUCCUGUGAAUCCCUUGGCUCCUGGCCUGGUAGGACCAGGAAUGGUGAUGGACAAGAAGAUGCGGAAGAAAAUGAAGAAAGCUCAUAAAAAGGCGCACAAACACCACAAGCAUGGCAAGCAUUCCUCCUCCUCCUCCUCCUCCAGCAGUGACUCUGACUGAACACAGAGCCUGGACCCUUCCCUCAAGUCUCUCCAGUUCUGCUCUCCCAUCAAGCUUCAGAUGCCAUCUUGUACUGGGGGAAAUUAGCCCUCAUGUACACCGCCGCGCCCCCCCCCCCCCCCCCCCCAAUUUGAGCCUCAAUCUGCUGUUAGUCCUAACUGGCUAGGGAAAAUGGGCUAGCAAAGGCCAUCUUCUCACUACUUGGAUAGAACUUGAGCUAUUGAAGCUUAAGCUUAUUUUGAUGAAUUUAGCAGAACUAUUUUUUGAAGAUGAUGAGACCUUUGAACUAAAAGCUGAAGACAAGUCUAAGAUCUGUAAAAUGUGAUUUUUUUCCCCUUUCUUUUGUAAUACUUGUGGUUGGGGAGGUGUUGUGGAAAUUUAAUUACAGGGGGAAAAAUAAAACUCCUGUACCUUGUUUGCAGUGGUGGCGCACAUGGGUGAUUUAGUGGCAAAUACAUUUCCCAGCAGGCCUUUAUUGAUUGUACUAACCUCAAAGCUGCUGGAAAGUGGGGUCCAUUUGGUUGAUGAGCUCUGCCAUUUUGGAACCUAAUCUCUACUCUUUAGCUCAUAUGCCAUCUCAGGUCCUCCUCUCAUUCUCCCACUCUCAGUCCAAAUAAAGCUGUUUCGCCUCGUCUCUG